AAUACGGUCUCAUGCGAUACGUAUCGAAAUCCCCGCACCUGUUUCAAUUCGAGUUCGAGUCAGAGUGAAAAGAGAUAAACAAUAUAUUUCUCGAGGCUAGGGUUCUUGCAAACAAUGCACUUGCCUAAACUGGUGAAUCAUCUUCGGAACUGCAGCACCUACGAGAAAUUUCUUAUCAGACUGUAUAUCGUGACAGACGCUUGCGAAUAAGACAUAGUGCGCUAUGCCAGCCUGAGAGAGCUCUCUCAGAGAGGAUUUAAAUUUCAGUCGUAUCGGGGCAGUAAUCGUAGUUCGUUGGAGAAUUGUCGCGCAUCCGAACGUACUCUUAAUACCGUCACGUCAAUGCACUCGAGUGUUAAUUCUAAUUUCUAUCGAAGAAUUAUAUAAUGUAUGUGCAUGAGUCACAGGGUGAAUAGGGGGGACGUGCAAACGUCAAAAUCGUGCUGCACCGAUUUUGUUGCAUUUUAGCUUGGAUCUCUGCAAGAACGUUCAAUAGGAUUGCAUUUACGAUGAACUGGAAACAUUAUGCGUCUUACCAGUGAACAGGAAGACUAUCACUAAGAAAUGGCAAUUUUCAAAUUGAAAAUACUAAAGCGUAGGUGCAUGAUUUCAUAGCUGUGGAAACUACCAUCAUUUUAUUGUAACGUGCGGCCAGGUAUUUGUUAAUUGAACAAAGUAACUGUUCGUAUCGUACUUAUUAUUGAAAAAUGCCAGCACCACCUCCACCUCUCUCAAGUUUGCCAGAGGCACCUAUGUGUGAAAAAACUGAAGUCAGCGAUGCAGACUCCCUGCCUCCUUGGGCCAAGAUUACCCUUACAUCUGCUGAGGCAGAAAUUGAAAAGCUGAUAUCCCGAAAUGAACUGAAAGAUGCAGAAGUCACAUAUUUUUGUCAAGUUGAACCAAUUUUGCAAGACGGACCACAAUGUGGUUUAGUAGCACUUGCUAUGGCAUCGCAAGAAUACACAAAACCAGUUUCUGUGAGUCAACUCCUAGCUGAAGCUCGUGUAAGGGGUUUUACACAACAUGGAGAAGUGUAUAGUGUUGAUUUUAUGGGCACACUAGCGGCUGAAUAUUUGCCUGACCAUAGACCGGAUAUCUUAGUGGAUUUACAGCAAUGCCCAGACACAUUGACACAUGCUUUGGCUCAUGGUGCAAUGGUACUAAUUCCAUACGAUUCUGAUUUCAAUCAUGCUCCAUGCUUAAAAAGAGGCCAUAAAGCUCAUUGGGCACUACUUGUGGGUCUAAUUUCAUCUAGACAAGGAUAUCAUGUCUUAGCACGUCAUGGAAAAUCACGUCAUUUAGCUUGUUGGCCGUUACGCGAUUUAAUCGAGAGCAAUGGUAAUUUGGAAGAAGAAGGAACAGCUAGACAUGCUGGAGGAUACGUGAUACCAAAAGGAGGAGUCGGAGGUCAGAGAGGUUUGCGUGGUAGGGCACUGGCGUUGCACCCAUACAUAUAAGAUCUUGUACAAGAAUUGUAGGUAAUUAAUAUCACAGCGAAAGACAGAAAUUACUAUUAUAAUAUUACUGUAUCCAUGUUACAGUAUAUGGUAAAUAUUCAAAGGCAUAACGUUUGCACAGCUGCUACGGAAUUUAAUUACUUAUAAAACCGUAUUGCUUUUAAGUAACAUGUGUUUUAACUUGCAAUGCAUUUUUUGAUCAACAUCUGAAGGGGGGUAUUAAGAUUCUCAAAAAUUCGACAUUAGAUGUAAUGAAUUGACGAGAAUAUCAUUCAUUUAGUUUUAACAUGCAGUGUAAAUAAUGAUUUAUUAUGUACGUUUGACUGCACCUGACGGUUUGAAAGAUUCUUUCUUUCGUUGUUUCGACGUAUCGAGCUUUUCCUGUGGUGCGACACGUGUUAAGUGCAGGCAUAAGAAAAUAAAAUGGGCAUGUACACGUGCAUGAAAGAGACAAACGUUAACGAGGAGAAAGAAAAGUCUAUAAAGAAUAUCUGCAUAAAAUAAAUAUCUACGUGUAUUAGCUAGGAUUUAUUGGGAUCGUAACACUAGCUGAAACAAAAAAAAAAAACCAAGUAUAUUUAUUUAGCGAAGAAACUGUAGGUUUUCGAUCAAUAAUUAUGAAUCUUUGUUUUAUCUUAACAUUGUGAAUAAAGACUAAAUCUAUCUAUAGCAAGAGUCUCGCAAUUGCAUUUGAGGCAAUACAACUUAAUGUUCGUGUGUACCGGAUUGUUGGGCGCAUUGCUUUUAAGAUACGGAAUGAAUUAUUAUAUUUGCUAGAUACGGUAGACUAGUUUCACGAAAUCAUACGAAUUAAGACACGUUUCAUUAUCCAACAUAAAAUGUGCGAUUUACUUUCAAAUUUAUUACAUAUCAUUUUUAUAUUUAUGAAACAGUCUUUCAAGCUUUACUCAUAAGUAGUAACUUACAAAUGACAAAUUGCCUAAUAACGAUAGGAUAGCGAUACAUAUAUACACUAUAUCUUUGAAAUUAUAUAUUAAGCUUUAAAUUGAGAUUCCUAUCAAAUUUUCCCGCAUUUUUUCAAACUUUUAUCAAACAAAAUUAAAUGUAUCUUCUCUGAAUCGUGUAAAUCGAGAAUUAAAUUUAUCACUUGGUAACUAUAUCGAAAUCUCUUUAUCGAAUAUACAAAUACAUAUAAAAAUAUCCAAACUUACACUUAAAAAUCUAUAAAAAUUCAUUUUACGAAUAUAUCGUCAAAUAUCACUUUGCUGUACCGAAGGUCUUGGAAGCAACGCGCUAUAAGGAGAGGAUCUUACUGUGUAGAACUCUACGAUAUGCUUGUUUUACUAUGUAUUUACCGGUAUGUAAAGUACGAGCGUAGUUUUUACUGAUAUUAAUACGUAACGAUCGUAAAAAGAAAAAAGAACGGAAAGCUAUCAAAACCUGGAGAUAUCUUAUGACUGGGGCUCGUCUUUCCAGUUGUACGAUAUCUUAAGCGUUUUCUUUAUCAAAUUCGUCGGAUAAAAACGCGUAAAGCAGGUUCGAGAGAGAUGCUAUAUUAUUUGUAGACUCCGUUGAGUAGUUUCGGAUCGAAUACAAAACAACAAAGAGCAAAGAGAAAGUUAAAAGAAGACAAAGAAAAAAUAAUAAAAACUGUACCCAAGUGCCGCAAAGUAACGAGGUUCAUUCAUUAAAAAAAAGGGAAAAAGGAUAAUUGUAUACCGUGCCUAUUCUCACAUCGCGAAGCUUCUUCGAUUUGCUGCCCUGUCGCAAUCAAAAGAUACUCUUGUAAAGUAAAACGAAUACGACGAAUGCUACUUAUCGGUGCACGUACAUGGUUUCUCCGUUUUCCAUGAUGUUUCUAAUGAUAAUCAAAAA